AUGAUGCACGCCAGCAGCAGUAGCAGCAUUGCUCCUGUCGAAUCCCGCGCGGCUCGUUGGCGACAGCAGUUGAGAAUCCGGCCCCAGCCGCAUACCAACGUAGUUAGGUCAUCAUUCGCACAACUCGUUGCCCAAUUCCCCUACCCCUCCUACGACGACAACGACGGCGACCCCACCGCCAACAAAGCUUCGCCCAACGCGACCGCAUCGAAGGUUUCAGAGUUGGCACACGGUGGCGUAGUACCAGAUCUGGAUCCGCUCACGGCGUUGGUCCGGGAAACAUCGGAACAACAACAACGUCUGGAGUCGUUGGAAUUAAAGUAUCGCAAGGAAAAGGCGUUGCGCAAUCGAGCCGGAAAAGGUGGGGCUAGCGAUCAAGGACGGACUUUAGUCGAAUCGGAAGACUAUGAUGAAAAUGCUGUCACCUUGCAAAUGAUUGACAAGGACCUGGCGAGAUUGCCGCCCCCAAAAGGCUCCGGACAAAAUGGAUCCCAAAAUCUUGCUGGUGUUGUUGUUUCGAAGGACGAGGAUACGGCAGGCAUACCCACCAGUAGCGGUACUAGCGAUGAGCGCAUAAAAACGUUGCGCCGUGUCUUGUACAUUUACGCCUGUGCUCAUGCCGAGGCAAUUGGCUAUCGACAAGGCAUGCACGAAAUUGCUUCCUACAUUUUGUUCGCUUUGGAGUUGGACCAGCAAGCAGAGGAGAGUCUCGUUGCCGUCGCCACCAGCCAAGAGCAAAUUGCUUCCGAUGCGUACGAACUACUCGAAACUAUUUUAACAUCGAUUGAGUGCGUCUACGACGCAACGCCUCUACCGGGUCAACACGAAAAACCACUCGAAGCCAGCGCCCGACGUGUACUGCAAGGCGUGCAAACGUACGAUGCUGCCCUGGCGUUACGUCUGUCUCAAUUAGGCGUACCUCCUCAGUUGUAUCUGACCAAAUGGAUGCGAUUGAUGUACAGUCGCGAAGUCACGGAUGUUUUGUCUCUGUGGGAUGAACUUUUUGCUUACGUAGGCGAAGGCAGCACGCUGGUGACCGUUUUGGAAGCCGUGGCUGUGGGUCGUUUGUUGUCAUGGCGUGAUCGUAUUUGCACCGAUCCAGAUGCGUUACACUUUCUCAUGAAUUUGCCCAUCGAGACAAACGUGCAACGGUGGCUGGAUUUAUCUCGAAAGGUUAUUCAUAAACAAGGCAUACCGUUGCCACCCAUCAAGGCCACGACACCGGUCGCGCCAGCUACAUCAAUACCCGCGUACGCCGUGCCGCACUCCGCGCCAACCGGGAGCGUCAAUAGUAAUUGGAGCCAGCCCAAUGCUUCUCUGAUGUCGACCCCCCAACGAACGUUUCCGUCAGAGGCUGGCAACGAAUCGGGAGUCUUUUCCGUGGGUCGCUUUUCUUUAUCAGCGGUGAAGGAAAAGUUUGAACAGGCGAAACACACGACGCAGUCGUUGAGCAAACGCUUGUACGACGAAUGGGAGCAGCAACAACAUCACCGCGCCACGGAUGCUUUCGAACGCCCUUACUCCGACGCCUUUCCGGACAGUGAGCACGACACUCCAACAGCGAUCAAUGACCCACUGACUCAAGUUCCCUACCGCAACGACGACACGGCGGUUCCCGCCAAUGUGUACAACGGUCAGUCGACGCCGCAACGGCAAUCACAAGCUUCCCCACCUACUUUGGAAUCGCAGUGGGCUAGCCGUGUGCAAUCCGACGUACACGUGUUGCAGAACUAUUGCAUGACCAUGGAACGGAGUCAAGCGCACGUCCCGGGCACCGUGUGGGAAGCCUUGGCCGACUUGGAAAUGCUGCGACAGGAUCUGUCACGUCGAGCAGCCGGGACCAGGCGAACGUGAGCGCGAGCGAAAACCUCACGGUCUCCUGUAUGGGUUGGUCGGCGGAGCCGGGCCGGCGAUAAGGCCGCCAGUGACGCAGUCAUUGCUAUUUUGGGAUGGUCUACAACAGAGGGCGGACUGGAAAAAGUGCGUGCCUUGAAGAGGGGGUCGUACCGGAGAGCCAUGGUGUGGUGCUUGGAGGGUGUGUUUCGUUGGCAGCGACUAUACCGGUGCCGAGCCGGAAAGGGAAUGGUAAGAGUGAUUGUGGUAGUAGUCGAGAAAACGUAAUGAUUGCGAUGGAGAGCUGUUUGCCACCUUCUUUGUGAACGCCAAGGGAUUGCUGACAGUGAGAUGCUGAUUGUACCGUACAGGCGCUUCCCGAACUAACUCCAGGGCGAAGCCUACUACGUAUGUUCCACUGGAAACGAGACCAAAAUUAUGGAACGAUGUUCUGGUCGAGCAUUGAUCAAUGAGUUCCCUUGUUGUGAUUAGGGGAAGUUUGGAGGAGAGGAAACAAAAUACGAUUAUUGUGGACGCGCCGUCACCCUCGAGAAUUGGACGGAUGAUCCGUUCGUGGAUCACGAAGUGUGCGUCUCGGUCCAACAAUCGAUGUGCCACAGAUACAAAUGUACCAACGAACAACGUUCCCGUGGGGAAGAAGAAAUCGAUGGAGCGCCCUGUUGCCUACGGUUUCCGUACCAGCUACUGUAGUAUGAAUGCAAUUCCGUAAAGUAGAAUGCUGCUCACAAGUCC